GCUUUCAAAGUUAGCGUUACUUUGAUUAGUCACGGUUUGCAAUGGCUCUGACUUCUGCUGCCGGACUUGUUUCACUUUUGGACGAUAAGGGUGCUGAUGUUAAGGUAGCAUAAGUGUCAUCAUGUAGCUAAAUUUCACUUCAGGCAUUCGCUCUUCGUCGUCUGGAUGAUAUAGUUGAUGAGUUUUGGGCUGAGAUUUCGGAAGCUGUAAUCAAAAUUGAAAUACUUCAUGAAGAUACCAACUUUGAGUAUAAUAAACUUGCUGCUCUUCUUGCUUCAAAGGUAUACUACCAUCUAGCUGAGUACGACGAUGCACUCCACUUCGCGUUGUGUGCUGAAGAACUUUUCGAUAUAAGUGCGAAUUCGGAAUUUGUGGAAACUAUUAUCGGUAAUCUACACCCAUUAUUUCCUAACGACAUUUAGCUAAAUGUAUUGAUAAGUACACAAGCCUACGCGUUGCUCAAGAUCAAGUUGACAACUCAUCAGGUUCUGUUUUAACUCGGCAAGCAUCCGGAGACCGCUCUUGGUCAGUCAAUAGCCCAACUUACAAGAGACUAGAACAUGUCGUCAACAAAAUGUUUGAUCGUUGUUUUGAACAUAAGCAGUACAGGCAAGCUUUGGGAAUCGCUAUUGAGACUCGUAGGUUGGAUAUAUUUGAGAAAGCGAUUGUUUCAUCAGAUGAUCAAGAUGGCAUGCUUCGCUAUGCUUUUCGUGUCGUGCUUACUUUGAUUGAUAGUGUUCGCUUAAGAAACCGUCUUCUACGAAUCAUAGUUUCUGUGUAUAUGAAUCGAGCUCUUCCCUCUGACGCUGUCAAUGUUUGUCAAUGUCUUGUAUUGAUGAAUGACCCACAGGCCACAGCAAAUACACUAGAACAACUUUUACUUCAGUCACAAGAGGCGACCAUAACAGCUUAUCAGAUAGGUUUUGAUUUGUAUGAAAAUGCAACCCAAAACUUUCUUCAACGUGUUUCUGCUUCUCUUGCCAAAAGUUCAAAAUUAAGUCAUAUGAUGACUUUAAUAGAACAGGAGAAGAAAUUAGCAAAAGGACCAACAAUAGCUGAGAAUGCGGCUGGUACCACAUCUGAAUCUACAAGUGAUGAUAAGAAGAAAGCAGAAAACAAAGAAGCUGAAGAAACGUCAGAGGCUGUAACAACAAGUGAAAGGAAUACAGAAGCUGAGACAACAGCAGUUGAUAUACUUUCUGAAUCCGACAAAGAAAUAAAGAAACGUCUUAUGCACCUGAUGAGCAUUUUAUCAGGAGACAAAGUUAUCGAAUUGCAUCUACAAUUUCUAAUACGGAACAAUAAAGCUGAUCUUCGAUUGUUAGAACGUAUACGUGACGAAGUACGACAUUCUGUGACGCACAAUGCGACAGUUAUUGCAAAUGGAAUCAUGCAUUGUGGAACAACGUCAGAUCAGUUUUUACGAGAUCAUUUAAAUUGGUUAGGAAGGGCUGUAAAUUGGGCUAAGUUUACUGCCACUGCUACCCUUGGUGUCAUACAUAAAGGUCAUGAAAAAGAGGCUUUACGUCUUAUGUCUGCCUAUUUACCAAAAGAUGCAAGUGGUUCAUCGGGUUCAGUGUAUACUGAAGGUGGAGGUUUGUUCGCCUUAGGUUUGAUUCAUGCCAAUCAUGGUGGGACAAUGACAGAAUAUUUACUCAAACAAUGCAAGGAAGCUACUGCUGAGCCUGUUCGUCAUGGAGCUUGUCUAGGUCUUGGUCUUGCUGCUAUGGGUACUGGUAGAGAAGAUGUAUAUGAUCAGAUCAAGCUGAAUCUUUAUCAAGAUGAUGCGAUCACAGGUGAAGCAGCAGGUAUUGGCAUAGGUUUAGUUAUGCUAGGAACGGGAUCACCACGAGCUAUUGAAGACCUUCUUGGUUAUGCUAAAGAAACUGCACACGAAAAAAUUAUACGAGGUGUUGCUUUAGGCAUUGCACUUGUUAUGUAUGGUCGAGUUGAACAGGCGGAUGAACUCAUUGAUAAUUUAAUUGUUGACAAUGAUCCCAUUUUACGAUGGUCUGGUAUGGCAACGAUUGCAAUGGCUUAUUGUGGUACCGGUAAUAAUCAGGCUGUGAAACGUUUACUUCAUGCUGCUGUCAGUGAUACAAAUGAUGAUGUUCGACGAUGGGCUGUUACAGCUCUCGGAUUUGUUCUGUUCAAGAGUCCUGAACAAGUUCCAUCAUUAGUAUCAUUACUUGUAGAAUCUUAUCAUCCUCAUUUACGGUAUGGUGCUGCUAUGGCUGUAGGGAUCGCUUGCGCUGGAACUGCUCUGAAAGAAGCUGUCAAUCUUUUAGAAACUUUGCAUGAAGGAACUGUGCCUUUUGUUCGUCAGGGUGCUUUAAUUGCCAAUGCUAUGGUGUUGAUUCAACAGAAUGCCGUAACAUGCCCUAAAUCUGUGGAUUUCCGUCAAAAAUUGUUGAAAAUCAUUGGAGAUCGUCAUGAAGAUUUAUUGGCGAAGUUCGGUGCUAUUAUAGCCUGUGGUAUACUAGAUGCUGGUGGAUGCAACAUGACAAUCUCACUGCAAACACGUACAGGUAAUUCAAAUAUGGCAGCAGCUGUUGGUCUCCUUAUUUUCCAGAAUUUCUGGUUUUGGCAUCCAUUGACCAACUUUAUCAGUUUGGCAUUUACACCAACAGCAUUAAUAGCUCUGAAUAAAGAUCUGAAUAUGCCAAAGAUGCAGUUUCGUUCUAAUGCUAAACCGUCAAUUUUUGCUUAUCCUCAACCGCUACAACAAGAAAAAGAAAAAAAACGUGAAAAAGUUGAAACAGCUAUUUUAAGUAUUACAGCCAAACAACGCAAAAAAGAGGCUGAUAAAAAACAACACAAAGAACAACAACAACAAUCAGCUAGUGGAACACAAAUCCUUAAGGAUACUCAGAGUAAAGAAGUUAAGAUGGAUGUAGAUAUUACUCCGGAAACUGGUAAAGAAGAUAAGCCUCCAGCUUCUACAGAAGUCAAAGAAGAAAAGGAACCUAAUUUCAGCUUACUCAGUAAUCCUGCCAGAGUAAUGCGUGCACAACAAAGAUAUAUCACGUUACCUGAAUCAUCUCGUUAUACAACUUUAAAACCAAUCACUCAGGGUGGAAUACUUAUGGUACAAGAUAAACGUCCUCAAGAUGCUGAAGUUCUCGUUGAAAAUGUCCUGGGUCCUACUGGAGAGCGAACAGUAGGUGGCAGUGGAGCUGGUUCAAGUGGCACUGGAGGAAGUGCUGAUCUUGCUGCUGCAUUAGGUUCUGGAUCUGACUCAAAAACAGAACUUAUCCAUGCAUCCACUAUUGGAGCUUAUCUUGAUGAAGAAGAUGAUGAUGAAGAUGAAGACGAUGAAGAUGAGGAUGAAGACUCUUCUAGUGAUAUGCAUGAGGAAGACGAAGAUGAUGAUGAAGAAUUCGAUGUUGCUACAGCAACUGUUACUGUUGCUGAAAUGGAGGAUGGUGAUGAUCAAACUUCAAAGCCAGAUUUAGAAAUGAGUGAACCUGGUACAGAAGAAAAACGUGACAAGAGUCGUGCUACUACUUCCACCCGCCGUGGUAGCAAAUCACAUAUAUCUGCAUCUGAACCCAAUCCCCCUGAGCCGUUUCUAUACGUAGAGGAGGGCCUUGAGUCACAGGCAGCGACGUCUGGUAGUUCCAGCAGUAAGACAGGUGUUGUAGAUUCUUCCACACCUUCAGGAUCUUCGUCUACACAACCACCGACUGCAUGUGAACCUAUGGAUGUCGAUGUGGUAGAAGUUGAUAAAGAAAUUGAGAAGAAGACAGAAAGUGAAUCUGACAAACCAAAAGAUGAUAAAGACAAUUAAACUUAUGAAAGUAUACUUUCCUUUCUGCUCAGUGCAAUUAAGUUUUCUAUAUUGCACUCCUGCACUCUUAAAAAUAUGUAUUUUUCCCAGUGCAUGUAUAUUUAUUGUCUGCUGAAAUCAUAGCAUAAAUUUUGUUUGUUUUUGGAAAAGGUUAUUCAACAUACGAUGAAGAUUGUUAGUAUUCAAAACUUUUAAUGUAUUUUACUGUAUUGAAUGGAUUAUUCAAAGUGUCAAGUAUUUUGUGUAUAGAAGCGAAUUUCAAGUUUUUAUUCUGUCAUAUUGAUUUCACUAACGAUGAAUGUUUCGUAAUACUAAUAUCUGAUAGUUUUAUCAAUGAUGUCUUCAGUGUUCAGACUAGAUUUGACAAUUUUAUAAUUGCAACAAAUCUUGUGUUGUUUUAAAAAUCGAGUUGUUGGUGCUCAUUAAAUUUUAGGCUGAAAUUUGAACAUUAAGAUGGCUAUCUAGUUCUUAAAGAAUUUGAUUCUAGCUGCAGAGAUGCACUGUAUAAUAUAAGUCGUUUGCAGUUUGUUUCCUUGAUCAUAAUUCAUCAACU